GGAGAGUCGAGCGGAGGAGGGAAGGGAGCGGUGGAUCUGAUAAGGGCUUGGUGAAUCUGAUGUGCGUGCGGUGAUGAGGUUCAUGAGUGGAUGGCGCCGCUUCUUAAUCCUCGUCCCUCUUCUCUUCUUUCUUGCCCACUUGUUCUCUGUUAAUGAAUUGCAAUACAACCCACCACCACAACGACCUGUGCCGCCCAACAAACACAGCAAAUACAAUCACUUGGUUCUCGGACCCGCUCCCGGGCAAGGCUUCACCAAUCGUCUCCACUGUCAUCCCCAAGGAAUCAAGGCUCUUAACAAAACCCACUUCUCCACUGCCCCUACUUCCCUAGCUGACAACGUUCACUUUGUCACCGUCUUCACUCUUUAUAAUGCCACCCCUGCCGACGAUGAUCGGUCAUCAAACUUGGUCACUGUGGGCAAUGCUUCUUACACUAAACUGGAUAGGUCUAUGGCCAUUUUGAAUAUUUUUGUUAACUUCAUUCAGGCAGCAAUGCCCAGGAGCAAUGUAGUGAUUUUAACCGACCCAGCAUCUGAUCUUUCAAUCCAUAGAAAUGGGGUCACCAUACAUCCAAUUCAAGGUGAAUAUUCGCGAGACAAGUUGAUGCUUCAAAGAAUCAGGUCUUACAUUGCCUUUCUAGAAUCAAGAAUCGAGGAGGUUUCUCAGAACCAGGGUCAUAAUGAACAUUAUAUAUUCACUGACUCGGACAUAGCCGUGGUUGAUGAUCUAGGACCUAUAUUUCAUGAUUAUCCAAAUUUCCAUUUGGCGCUGACCUUCCGAAACAAUAAAGAACAACCUCUCAAUUCAGGAUUUAUAGCAGUCAGGGGUACUCGUGGUGGCAUUUUAAGGGCAAAGGCUUUUCUGCAGGAAGUACUGAAAGUUUAUAUAUCAAGGUACAUGAAAGCUUCACGGAUGCUUGGGGAUCAGUUGGCCCUUGCCUGGGUGGUCAAGUCACACCCAUCUUUUGAUCCAAAGAAAUUCACCAAAGCCAAUGCUUUCAUAGAAGAUAUUGGUGGUGCUGCAGUGUUAUUUUUACCCUGUGCUGUAUAUAAUUGGACACCGCCAGAGGGAGCUGGUCAAUUUCAUGGCAUGCCCUUGGAUGUUAAGGUCGUUCAUUUCAAAGGAUCAAGGAAACGACUAAUGCUUGAAUCAUGGAACUUCUUCAGUGCAUCUUCGGACAUCUCAGAUAUGCUGUGUCUGAUAUUGAAGAGUGGUAGAACAAAGUAUGAUUUUUAACCAACAUAAAUUUUUUCCCCAUAGUGUAUGAGUGGUACCUACAAAAAAUUUCAUUGAACUUUGAAGAAAGGUAGAGAAUGCCCUACGGCUAACAACUAAUGACAGCAUAAGGGAACUACUUAUUUGUCAGCAAGUACGGAUGGCUGAAACAAGUGCUUCUUCAUGUGUGUUAAAUGGAUUUGAUAGAGUAGAGAAAUGGUUACUGGCGUCUACUUGAACCUGCCGCCAAAGCCCUUCGUUUUGUUUUCGUUUUAUAUUUUAUUUUCAUAGUCCCCUCAAUUUGUAUGGUUUCCUAAUUUUAUACAUGCAGCUGAUGUAGAGAUUGUUAGUAUGAUAUGAAGGAAAAUGUUAAUAA